ACUCAAUCACCACAAGACUUGAAAUCUCAAGCACAAGCAACCCAAAUCCUCACAUCAUUUCAGUGACAUUUCCCACACUUCAAAUGGCUCUUAAAGGUAUUGAGGUGGGCCUAGCCAUGGUCCUUUUGGUAUCACUGUGGGCUGGGACCAUGGCUCAGUCAGGUUGCACAACCGCGAUCAUUAGCUUGUCGCCAUGCCUGGCUUACAUUACGGGGAAUACGUCGACCCCUUCUUCUUCUUGCUGCUCCCAGCUCUCCAACGUUGUUAAGUCUCAGGCGCCAUGCCUCUGCACCCUUCUUAAUGGUGGUGGCUCGUCCCUGGGGCUUACCAUCAACCAGACUCAAGCUCUUGCUCUCCCUGGCGCUUGCAACGUCCAGACUCCACCCGUGAGUCAGUGUAACGGUGCUGCUGGACCAACAACUACUCCUACCCCUCCUAAGGAAACACCAGCUACGCCUUCCACGCCAACAGUGCCGAGUGCACCAUCAGUACCAUCGGCACCAUCAACACAAACCACUCCGGCCUCGAGUGUUCCUUCAGGAAGUGGAUCUAAGUCUGUCCCAUCCACUGGCGGGGAUGUAUCGGAUGCAGAAUCUAUCACAUUGUCUCUUGCUCUGUCAUUCUCCCUUCUAUUCAUUUCAGCAUAUGCUUCAAGUCUCACAGCGUUGUAGACUCAACCAUGAUUUUGUGUAUAACCGUGUUUUAAUAUGAAGUCAUGAGUGUGGAUGUGUUGUUUAUUGAGAAUUAUUUUGGAUUAUAUCACAUCAAUGUUUACAAAUAUAAAUAAAAAGGCAUUUUGUUCCUUUUCCAUU